CCACAAGUCUCUGGAAUCUCUGUUAAUCAAGGCCUAGUAUGUACGUCGAUUUCCAUCGUGAACGUUUCGCUUGAUCAUCGUACGUAAAUUCGUGUACAACACGAACAAACAAUUACGUACAAAAUACGAGCUAGUGCAAUAAGAAAGAAAGAGACGAACGAAACCAAUCUUCGUGCAAUGUGUAAAAAGUUCGAUCGAGUGUCGGCUGAAAAGUAAUUUUCAGCGCAGUUCAAGAUUUCGUGUACGUCGGAUGGAAUUUUCUGCCGAAGGCAGGUUGCAAGAGUGAGUUCGACAAAUCGUUCAUAAUUCCGACAGAUUUGUUUGCGUACACGUGUAAUCAAAUUCUCGGUUUCGCGCAGUGGAAUGUGACGCAACGUGCGACGAUGAAAACGUGACACGGAUUAUCGAAUUUCACUCGGGAAUAUUAAUUAAACGCGAUAUUGUUCGCGUUAGUCGUUUUAGGGGAACUACUGUUAAUGCGUGCGAACGGGUUAAUUAAUCAACUUCGUUGGUGGAUCAACAGUUUGACGUGCAUAGUACAUGAUAAAUAAAUAAUAAAUAUAUAAAUGUAUACAUACAAGUAUGAGAUUAUAUAAAAUAGCAUUUUACACAAGUCAAGUUCGAACGCUACUCGAGACUGUAAAAAAAAAUGUGCCUAAAAGGAAUCGAAGAACCUAGUUGUGAAGUGCUUGGUCCUAAAUAAGUGUUCGAGUCUACUCGGAAGGAAGUAUUCCUUUCAUUCGCGGAACGAAACAUUCACGAAGUGAUCGCGAAGGAUUACGAAGGUUUCGAAGCCCACGCACUCAUCUUUAUCUCAUCUCUGUGUAGGCGGUAGCCUCAGCCGGUAAACGAGGAACCGCGAAGAUCAUCCACGACAUAGAGGACGAAGAGCAGAGUGCGCAGGAGCCUCUUGCGGAGAGGGGGUGGCCCACCAUCGACGGGGGAGCUUCGUCAGCCACGGCUGAAUUGCGCACACGCGCGGAAUUUCCCGGGAAUCGGAUCUUUCCGGGUCUCCGAGACACUGUUCUCGUUCGUUCGGUUCACUCGAGCGUCCGACGUGCAACACGGCAACAGGUGACGACCGGAAGCCGAUCGUCCAGCAUCUUUCACAUCUGCAGCUUCACUGACAAACACCCGUCACACAGUGUGUACACGCGAGGGAAGCUUCUCUCCUCAUUGGGGAGAAUUCUCUUGGGUUCGUUCGUGAGAGACCGAUUGGCUCGAGGAACUUCAGGCGUUCAGUUUGGUAUCGUUAGCUGAAUCGUUCGAAUUGGAAGAAUCGAAGAGGAGUGGGUCGCGAAGGAGGGAAAAUGAGCGUCGAGGACGUCAUCAACUACAAAGCCAGCGAGGAGGAGGAUUACUAUGCUCUGCUCUCGUGCGACGAGUUCGCGACGAUUUUCAUCAAUCUUUCAAUUUUUUUCUCCUUGUGGAACUGUGCUAUGUUCCAGGUGGAGCAAAUCACGGCAGAGUACAAGGUGCUGGCUCUUCAAUAUCAUCCGGAUAAAAACGAAGGCGACAAGGAAGCUGAACGAAAGUUUCAGCAACUGAAGCACGCGAAGGAGAUUCUUUGCGACCCCGAGCAAAGGAGCAACUACGACAAAUGGAGGCGUAGCGGGAUCGCCAUCAGCUACAAGCAGUGGCUUGGAAUGAAGGACCACGUGCAUCAGUCGAUGCACUGGAGUACACCGAAGACGAAGGAUCGCAUGCUGCAGGACGCGUCUGGCGAGGCGUCUGCUGGUUCCCCUGGCCACACCCUGGCCAAGGCGCAGCCGACGAACGCUCACAGAAGGGCCUCGGAGGGUGGCGCAAACAUUUACUACGGGGCACGUCGUGACCUCGGCUGGGACUCGGAGGCGCCCAGCGAAGUGGUGAACAAGUUCCGCAACUACGAGAUCUAAAACCGAGCGACCGAGUUCUCCUCUACUUUUCGGAUCGUCCUUUGGAUCGCUCGCUGUGUAUGUCUUUUUUUUUUUUUUUUUUU